AUGACAGUGACAACACACGCCCACUACGACGAGCGCACCGAAGCCUUGGAAGUCGCAAAGGCCUUUGCCGAGGCCAUCAAGGGCAAAACCAUCCUCGUGACGGGCGUCAACCGACAAGGAGUCGGCUUCACCACGGCCCAGGCAUUUGCCUCUCAGUCCCCGGCACAUCUCAUUGUCGCGGGCCGCUCUGCCUCCAAACUGCAAGAGUGUAUUGACGAGCUCGAGAGGCAAUAUCCAAACGUCGAAUACCGCGCGCUGAUCCUCGACCUUGCGAGUCAAAAGGCGGUCCGCAAGGCCGCCGAGGAAGUCCUGUCGUGGAGCGACAUCCCCACGAUCGAUAUUCUCGUGAACAACGCCGGGAUUAUGAACAUGGGCUUGGCCGAGCGAGAGCUCAGUGACGACGGGCUGGAGAUUCACUUCGCAACCAACCACGUCGGCCACUUCUUGUUCACGAAUCUCGUCAUGCCGAAACUGCUCCAGGCCGCCGGGACAAACCCCAAGGGAUCGACGCGGAUCGUCCAAGUCAGCUCCGGCGCCGCAGAGUCAGGAGGGAUUCGCUGGAGCGACAUCAACUUCGAGAAGACGUCCAAGGAUCUGCCACCGGAGGAACAGCCUGAUUAUGCGAUCUGCCGGCGCUGGGGCAUCCCCGACGCGCCAGAUCGGUCGUUUGUCCCAUUGAUGGCCUACGUGCAGAGCAAAGCGGCCAAUGUGCUGUUCGGCGUCAGUCUCACGGAAAAGCUGUACCACGCCCACGGGAUACUGAGUCUCGCCGUGCAUCCCGGGGUGAUUGCGACCGAGCUGGGAAGAUACAACACGAAGGAACAGAUCGAUUCCAUCCACAAGCGCGCCCAAGCCGGGCGAUUUCACUUCAAGACGCAGGGCGCGGGAGCCUCGACCAGUCUGGUCGCCGCCACGGACCCCGAGCUGGGACCGAGCGAGGCGAGCGGGCAUGGAGCUUUCCUGAAAAAUUGUCAAUUAGCUGAUGCGCACCCGCGGGCACAGGCACCGGCUGAAGCGGAGAAGCUGUGGAAGUUGUCCGAGGAGCUGGUUGGGCAGAGGUUUUCCUACUGA